CCCAUCUAUAUACAGCUGCACCUUCUAGCUAUAGAAAAUAAUCAGUAUAGAAUAACUGAAUACAAAAGAAAACCAAAGAAAACAAUAUGACAGUGAUCGACAUAUCUUUGUAAUCUUGCAGAAGUAGCCUAAGAUGAUUCCCUAUCAGAGUGUGGCAAUGGAAAUGGCAUGGCUGUCCUGACCCCACCCUCCUCUAUUGUGAUGGAUAGUGCCAUAGUCAGGGAAACAGAGGUCAGCGGCAAUGGUGAGUCUGCCAUACUUGACUUCAGCAGGCCUACUUCUUCUCCCUCCUCUGAUGACAAGCAGCCAGGCAACCCGAGUGACCCGCCCCCCCAGCACCAGACUGUGUCCUCCUCACAAGCGCCCAUCACUGUCUCGGCGGCGGCUGCAGCACUGCUCGGAGCUCUGCAACAUAAUGCAUCAGACGAUCUACAUAGACAAUACCUGAUUGUGGCCAAACAGCCUGUAGCUUCAUACCCAGCCCUACCUCCAAACACACACACCGCAGAACCUCCGCUGGACAGGCAAGGCCAGGACGAUGGAAGCAAGUCCCCACAGUGCAAUAUGAGUGGCAGCUGCAAUGGCGUGAAGAUGGACCUGAAUACAGAUGGCCAGACUGCGAGGCGUCAGGUCUGCCAAGUUGCCCCGGAUGAUGACGAUGAUGAUCAUGAUGAUUAUGACGACAAUGACAAGAUCACUGAUACAGAAGGUGUUGACACUGAGAGAUUAAAGGCCUUCAAUAUGUUUGUUCGGCUGUUUGUGGAUGAGAACUUGGAUCGGAUGGUGCCGAUCUCCAAACAACCCAAGGAGAAGAUCCAAGCCAUUAUUGAAUCCUGCUGUAGACAGUUUCCAGAAUUUCAGGAACGAGCCCGCAAGCGCAUCCGUACCUACCUCAAAUCCUGUCGACGCAUGAAGAAAAGUGGUAUGGAGACCCGUCAUACUCCACCUCACCUCACCUCAGCUAUGGCUGAGAACAUCCUGGCUGCUGCCUGUGAGAAUGAAUCACGUAAUGCAACAAAGAAGAUGCGCCUUGAAGGCUACCAUGAUGAGCAGAUCUCUAUAGAAAAAUCAAGUAACGGAGGCGUUCUGAGGGAGCCUGCAUCCCUUGCACAUGCUGUCUAUUCCUUGGCCACGUCAUCCUUCUCGUCCCAGAACUCCCAGGUCUAUAUCAACGGAACUGGCUGCAGCUAUGGUUACUGUGCAUACCCUGGCCUGGACAGCGCCAUUCAACACCGGGUUUCUUUGACAGCUGGUAAUUCUGCUCAAAACAAUGGCCCCACAGACCUCAGCGUGAAAUCUCUCUCAAACAACAUCAGUAACUCGUCCGAGUCCAGCCCCAACAACGUGGAUGUGCGGGGCACUGGAGGGGCGGUGACAUCCAUCCAGUUCAGGCAGCCAGAGGUCACGGCUGUGCGUCAGUUGAUUGCAGGAUACCGGGAGUCAGCUGCCUUUCUGCUUCGCUCAGCAGACGAGCUGGAAAACCUCAUCCUGCAGCAGAACUGAUAUGAGAGGAGAUGCGGGAAAACACACUCAAGCCUUUGCAUUUUGUUUGUAUCUGCCCUCCCAUACAUCUUAAACUGUGCCACUCAAAGAAAAGCUCUGGAAACUGUGGGAGGAUAGACGACUCAUACCCUGUCAUAUACAAGAAAACAGUGUGUCUGAUCUUCUCUACAGUUCAUCACCCAGAGCUUAGUGCUGGGAUGAGAAAAGAAAAGUGCUUGAAGACCAAAGAAGCAUGGAAAAGGAGAAGAGAUUAUUGAGUCUGCCACUGUUGUUUUUAGAAAGAUGACAUUACUUACCAGUGGGUCGGAAAGUAAAGAUUUUGCUUUGCGAAUGUCAAUUUAUCAAUAUGAUAGUCACAAAUUAAAAAAAACAACUCCCUAAAUUAAGGCCAGUAAAGUUAUUUGUUUUUUAUUUGAUUUGAUUUAAUUCACUUUUCCCAAGUGACUGAGGGAAGGAGAAUUGGACUGACAUGUUGAAACAUAGAGCUGGAUAUAGACUUUAACUCUGGAUGAGAUUAGUAUGGAAACUGGAAAAGAACAGCAUACAUAAAUAAUAAUGUUUUUGUGCUUGCUUGUAUAAAAGCUCUUAUCUAUAGCACUUUCUCUCCCUUGAAACAUCACCUUACCCUCUUAAUUCUCACUCUGUUUACCCAGGGAGCAACUUGAUACUUAUGCAUUCAAGACACUAUUUUCACCACCAAUAAUUACCUCAAAUCAAAACUGCCAAUUCCAGUUCUUUUGUUUUUCCUCUCUCAUUAAACGUUUCAACCAGUUUACUACUACUUCACCACCUGUCUUCAAGGUCUCAAGAUUUCUUUGGGGAGAAUCAAACUGUAUUGUGCAAAAAAAACAACCUGUAACCAUGAAUCAUUUCAAGAACUGAUGUUGAAAUUGCAAAUAUUGAAACUCUUCUUGCAUUUGUCUGAGAUUGUUUGUACUGUUUAUUGUGGACACAGGAGGAAUCAGGGAUAAAGUUAACAGGAGUGUGUGUGUGUGUGUGUGUGUGUGUGUGUGUGUGUGUGUGUGUGUGUGUGUGUGUGUGUGUGUGUGUGUGUGUGUGUGUGUGUGUGUGUGUGUGUGUGUGUGUGUGUGUGUGUGUGUGUGUGUGUGUGUGUGUGUGUGCGUGCGUGUGUGCGUGCAUUUGUUUAAAGGAUAAGACAGUAAAGGUCUUAAAUUUCGGUGAGGUUAAAUGUGGCCAUUUUACCUCCUGUUUCUUCUGUUUACAAAUGUUAUUCCAAUAAACCUUUAGAAUACAAACUGUCCUGGCUGCAGACCUCCAGUGUGGGAUCUCUAUAUGAAGCACAGUUCCAUUCUCAGACCUGUAAA